UCUCCUGUGGCAAGAUGGCCGCCAUGUGACGACGUCGCUCUGCAUUGGCAGCAGCGCGGACGAGUCAUCUAGCCUUUAUAUAUGUCUAUGGUUUCCAUUUAAUAAGAAAUCUUAAUUUAAAAUUGCCAUUUUGACUGCACACUUAACCCCGUGCAGCAUGAAAUCGCAGCUGCCGCUGAGCCAGAGCCGGCCGGGGCCGGGCGGAGCCUCUGCUGCAGCGCUGCGGCUGCAGGAGGAGCUGGUGGCCGAGCUGGUGGCCGCGGUGCACGGCGCCCUGCAGGCGGCCGCGGAGGCAGCCGUCGGGGAAGUGAAGACACUGCUGCGGCGGGCAGCAGGAGACAUCUAUGAAGACCUGCGCCGAGAAAACCAGUCCCUCAGGGAGCAGCUGCACAGAGCAGAGGCUCUGCUGGACUCUGCUCGCUGCAGGGAGGAGGGCGCUGUCAGUCCCGGCAGGCAGCUCCGGGACGAGCUCUGGUCCGGAGACGGGUCGGAUAUCGAGGAUGAUCCCCUGGGACGGGAUGCAUUCAGUCAUCUCAAAGAUGAACGCGUGAGCAGUGGCGACCCUAGCAGUGAGGGAGAUAAGAGAUGUGGCCGUGAUGAGAUCAGACGGCGCAACAGUGAUGCGGAUGCACAGCUUCCCAGAGAAACAAGUGAUGGGUCUUUUGCAGAUGUCUCUGUAGCGUGUACAGUGAAGGUAGAAGAUGCGAACUCUGUACAAGGCCCACAAUACCAAGACUCCCCCCCACAUCCCACCAUUGACUUCAAUUCUACAUUAGAGCAGGUCCCUACAAAGUGGGAGGAACCAGAGGUGGCAGCCGAUGGUGCGUCUCUGUCAUUGGAUUUCAUCAAAAUGGAGGAUUUAAUCCAGGAGGACAUGGAGCGGAAACCACAAGUACCAGAUAAUCGAAGCCAACACCCGCAUCAGCCGAGCAGCAGCAAGCUGGAUCAGGCUCUUCUUCCAAGCGUUACCACCAGCCUCCGGCUACCCACAGAUCUUCAGUCUGGUUCCUCAGGUUUUUCAAAUAUCGUCCAAAUGCCAAAACCAACUGCCGUAUCACAAGCCCCCACACGGGUCUAUGGAAUCCAAGCCCAAGCAGGCUACACUUUUGGUCACGCUGUCCCCGCUCUAUACACCUGUAAGUUCUGCAGUCAAACCUUCCACCUGCCCAGCUUGCUGCGGCGACACUUCAGCCAGUGCCAGCAGAGGCUGCAGCAACGUUGUCAGCAGCCCAAAGCAGGAGGCAAAAGGAGCAAGCUGCAGCUUUACCCGCCAGGCUGCAGCCCCUUCUGCUGCACAGUGUGCAACAGAGAGUUCAACCGCAUGGAAAAUCUGAAAACUCACCUUCGUAUUCAUACAGGAGAGAGACCUUACACCUGCUCUGUCUGCUCCAAGUGUUUCCGCCACUCUGGAGCCUUAACACGUCACUUCCGUAUCCAUACUGGAGAGAAGCCUUACAUCUGUGGACAGUGUGGAAAGUCUUUCAGAAACUGUGGUGGACUCAAAUUCCAUCAGCGCUCUCACACCAAAUAGCUGCAACUUUGCAGGAUGACUUCUCUCGUGAGCUUUCUGCUUCAGGUCCUGCACAUGCUCACAUGUAAAGGGGCAUUGCAUGUGUCGUUUGAUACUUCUUCCAGACAAUCUUAACCAAUCUGUUACUUAUUUCAUAGGAAGAGUAGGCUUUGUGAAUUCACAACGUUUGAAAGGGAUACAAUCUUGAGUGUAAAAAAAAAUAUAUAACAAAAGAUCUCAAAUGUUCAAUUUGAUUCUGUGAAGGAUCUUUUUUUUUUUCCUUGGCAGUGUCUCACAAAAUAUGGUAUCAUUUAAGUUUCAUUGAUCGAUUAUUCUUAAAUACUAUGGAUGUCAUCUUAUCUGUUGUGUGCCUCGCUUUUCUGAUUGGCUGAUUGGCUCCUGUACCCUUGUGACCCUGAACAAGGCUUUGAGAUUUGUUGAUAGAACAGGCCUUGUUCUGAUAUGCUAACAUACUUUCUUCUUGAUAUUACAUAAUUGCAUUCAGUUUAUAGUUUAGUAUGGACCUGUUGGUAGAUUGGUGCAACAUGAUGCAUGAAGCCAAUAUAUUAGCAGUAUAUGCACAGCUUGGAGGCAUAUCAGGCAGCUCAGCAGGUUUGGGUAUUUGGUAUUUUCCAUCAAAAGAGAAUUUCCAUCACAAGUUGUUAAUUUUACAUGACAUUUCUGGUAAUGAGGUUGAUUUUUACUUCACAUUAGAAAACAUACAGAUUCAACUACCCCUUAGAUAUAGUGUUACAGUUUGAAUUGACUUUGUAUUUUAAAUUUGUCGAAUAAAUUCAAAAUGUAAAUUCAAUGACAGACUUUUAAGACAAUUGAAUAAUUUAAUACAUCCUGAUAUUUUCCAACAAGAUAUUUUCUUUAAAAUGUGAUAACUUUCAGUACUUUGGCCUGAUUAAUUUAAUGUUUCAAUAUAGGUUUUAUCUUAGAUAUCAUCAGGAUGGGGAUUAGUGAAGAAUUUUACAGCAAUUUAAUCCAAAACUGCUGCUGCUCUGGAGCAGAUUGAGUUCAGCGUUAAUUACAUGAUGAUAGAUUUAAAAGAGAGACACAAUUGUGGCGCUCCAAAUCUGGGGUUAGACUCGCUGACCCACUUAUCUGGAUUUGUGGCACAGGCCCAAGGUGUCCCUUUGAACUUGUGUUGUCUUAAUCUUUCACUCACAAAGCAGAAUUUAACAAAAUUAAAGGAGCAAUAGCUGGGAUAGGCUCCAGCCGACCCCCGUGACCCUGCAAAGGAUAAAGCGGGUAUAGAUAAUGGAUGGAUAAAGGAGCAAUCACAUGUUAUAAUACUCCCAUAAUAAAAUAUAAUGUGUCUUUGUUGGGAGUUUGGAUCAACUUUAGCACAGUAGCUGUGUCUGUCAACUGAUAUAACAAUAAUUACACACUUUUUUGAUAUUUCAUAUAAAAAUCCAGUGUGUGGGUUUAUAUGUAGGCUUUAAUGCAAUUCAUCAUUUUAUUUUAUUUUAUUUCUUUAUCAUUUGAAUAAAAUCCCAGGAUGGACCAGUUUGUCUUCCAUUCUCUUCUUGUGCUUUAUUUAUGCAAAUAGGUUUUUAUGACCGCACCAAAAAAACGUGUCUAGAUAAAUAUAUUCUGAGGAGAGCUUAGGAAAAUAUGUUUGCGUCAGUCUCUGUUAAUUUAAAUGGAUAAAUGUGUUUGUAGAACAGUUUGUUCAAGGAUAAGCAAACAAAACAGUACAUCAUACCUCCUGCACUUCAAAAGCUGUUCCAUGAUCACUGAUAGCUGACCAUUUGCACUGUUCAUAGUUUAGUGUUUUUCAUCACUCUAUCAGUGUUUUCCUCUCCCUGUACUUGUUAUCUGUUCAUUUUGGUGUGAAAACAAGUUUGUACGCACAAAAAUAAAAACAAAACAAGAAAACUAA